AUGGCGAACACCUGCAUUGUCGAACACAAUGGUCAUGUCUGGCACCACAACGACCCACAAUUGCGUCAAGUUGAACAUGGAACGGUUUUUCGAAUUCAGCUUCCACCACCUCUGAAUCCUGCAUGGAACAUUGGACAAGCUGUUCGUGUAGCUCAUGAGACUGGUGAACUUCUGGACUUCCCAGAAGCUGGACAACUUGCGCAAUCGAUACUUGAAGGCAACGUGGACCAGAAUCGCCUUGAAUUUGGUGUUGAUGCUCGCAAUGGCGCGAGACUUGUCACGUGCAAGGGCAAUGACCAGGUCGAGGACAUUGAUAUCCCGACUACGUUUCCACCUGGAACAAGGCAGCCCAGACUUCGACCCAGACAUGAUGGAAACUUUGACUGGCUGGACCGCCUCGUUGAAGUCUUUCGUGCACAUGCAGAAGCUGAAACCAUUGAAGGAGACCCUUUGCUGUAUGUACAAUCGUGGUACAUCCACCAUGGACGUCUACGCAAAUGUCCAGAGCCCAGACCAGUACGUUUGGACAAUGCCAUCAUUGGCUGGGUAGAAGAGUUUCGUUUUGCCUGGCGAGACCUACUGGACCGACAUGAGGUUUUCAGCAUACAUGUGGUUCGACCUCGACCUCCUCAGUUGCGAUGGCAAUCAUUUGCUUGUCAUGUGAUUCUGGUACAAUCUCCAAUGCCACAGCAAGCAGCUGGCCUCAUCACGAACCUCUUUGAGGGGCCGGAUAGAGAUGCCAUUCAGCAAUUUGCGCUUUCCUUUCCGAGGAGGAUCAACAAGCCUUUGGUCAUUGAAGAACUACGUCUUCAACCACAAUGUGACACGAGAAGAUGCACAAUUCAUGCUUGUGGAGAACCGGUUCAUUUGAUUUUGAUGACAGAGUUGCCGGAGGGCUUCAAUCUUUGCACACGCAUCUCGGAUCCCACAGUGCAAAGGCCUAUCCCACCACGAGCUGACCCUGGCCAUUUCGAGGAUGUGGUGUUCAUGCAAACUGGACAGCCCCAAUCAAUUGCAAUGUCAGGGCCGAGUCACAGUGCGGCUUCGACACACCAUGACUCCUGCGGCAGUUUCGCUUUCAAUCCUAAUGCUCUGCCCUUUGUGCCUGGAGCCUUACCUAUUGAAGCGAUGUCGGAGUUUGUUCAAGACCUGCAUGAGCUUUGGCGUCAAGAAGCAUUUACGUGGGAAGGUGAAGACAAGUCUUGCGUUUUUACCACGUGGCUCGUCCAUCAUCCUCACGAACUCAAACACUGCACCCGGCCAAGAAAUGUUCGCUUGCACGAAAGUUUUGUGACAUGGGAAGAAAAGAUACGCCGAGCAUGGCAAGAUGAGAUUGGGGAGGACUCCGCGCUGGAAUUUCACCUUGUCUCUCCUACACCUCCAUACUCUGGGCCAGAUGUUACAGGGCAUAUCAUUGUCAUCAGGAACCAAAUUGAACACCUCACCACCAACCUGGUCACUGUCAUCGACCGUACAAGAGAUGCUGCUCAUGGACGUGUACAAAGGAUGGCAGCCACCACCAGGGAGCAUUUAAUGCUAGAAGAGGUGCUGGAGGUUGUGGGCUAUGAUGGAGCCUGUCUUCCAGCCAACGCUCCGCUGGAGUGUAGGGCAUGGAUUGGGGACGAGCGUCUUCGCCUUCGACGUCCUUUCCCUGGCCGAAGUGGGCACAGUAUCCUUCUUAACAUGCAUGGCAGGACACGCCCAGCGGGCGAUGGAAUCAACCUUCUUCAAUUGACCAAACCUUCACUGGCAGACGAGCGCCUAACACAGGGGAUGGUGGCUCACACCCCUGGGCCGUCAAACCAGGAGUCCGAAACAUCCUGCGGAGCAGGUCUCACUUGGGAAGGCGAACAAGAUGAUGAGAUGGCACACUCUGCAGUUCAUCUCAUCAAAGGUCAUGAUGAUCUUGAAUACCUUCCUUCCUUUGUGGAAGUCAUGUCUCCUGCCACCACUGACAAUGUUUUGAGUGAAUUGCUUUGCUUUGGUGUGCGCUGCAGGGUUGCACUUCUUGGCCAUGGUGAUAACGCUCUUUGCCUACCUUCCCAUUGGGCACCGACACAUGAUGAAUGCCACUUUGCGUACGUGGAUAUGUGCCCGGCCACUAAUGCGUCUGUGUUCAUGCAUACCAUGUUGAUGGCGGAGGAGGACACCCUUGUUCAUAUGCGCUUCCUGCAUAGUCUGGGAUUUGAGAAAGCGGUCAUCAUGAACCAAAUCAAGCACUGUCAAGGACUGAUGGAGAUUCAAUUCAUUGUGUCUGAGGGACAAAUUGAGACUGACAGCAGACCCUCGAAGCCGGCAUCAGUUUGGCCUGGUCGACAGCCGCAGGUGCCGGAGGGACCGAUGUAUGUACCCCCAAUCUGUGGCUCCGCACCAGCAUGCCUUCUGAAUUUGGGAGUGACGAGCGACCAGCUUCUGCAGUUCUUCUCGCACUCUCAAGACCAAGAGUUGUGUCAGCUUCUUGAAGGACUUGACCUACCGGAAAUUGUCACGACACAUCUACAACAACUUCAGCCCAUUGAGCACAUCGACCGCAUCAUCGUCUACACGGACGGUUCAUCCCACUCCGGCCGUUAUCAUCUAGCGCCUGAACGUGUGGAAGAACAACACACUCCUGAUGCUUGGGCUUUUGUAGCCCUGGGUGAGCAAUACCAUGAAAGUGGCUCUACGUAUACCCUCCUUGGCUGGAAAGCUCAUCAAGUCAGAUGUGCAGAAGAUCAUCCUUGGCACAUUGGGUCACGAGCCAUUGGACCGUGGGUGGCAGAACGGGAGGCAUUGCUAUGGGCCUUCAUUUGGCGGAUCGGCCUCAAUUGUCGCAUACCGACAUUGUUUCGUUCUGACUCAUCCCUGACCAUCGGACAGGCGGAAGGUACACUUGGAGCUGCCCAUUAUGAUGACACUUUUGGACUUCUACGUGGAUGUCAUCAGCUGCUCUCUGCAGCUUUGCCUGAAGAUUGCAUAAGGCUGGAGCAUAUCUAUGGCCACAACAAUGAUCCUUGGAACGAGAUGGCCGAUCACUUGGCCAAACUGGAGGCGAGAAAUGGACUCUUCCUCCCUCGUGGAGAUUUCCGCAUCGCCCCAUGGCGCCCUCUCAUUCCAUAUUUAUGGAUGAUCUUUGGACAACCAGAUGGUCUACCAGCGCAUUGUCAUGAAGGUUUUGCAAUACCAGCUCCCAAACUUCCACAGCCUUGCAAAGAACCUCCAACAGAGCUGUAUCAGGAUCCUAUGGAAGUCCGUUUUGCUGUCAGCUUGGCGACAGCCAAUGUUCUUUCAAUGAGUUCCAAACCACAUGGGCAUGCAGGAAAGGUACACUACCUUCGUGAACAACUGGUCAGCCAUGGUUUGAACUUUGUCGGAUUUCAAGAGACCAGGGGGCAAGCUGGUGCGUCUCUGGUCGAUCAUGUAUAUCGACUUUGUGCUGGAAGCAAAGGAGGGCAACAUGGUGUGGAAUUGUGGUGCAACCUCAAACAGCCGUACUGCUAUGCUCAGGGCAAACCUCAGUUCUUUCGCAAGACUGAUUUUGUUGUAUUGCAUGCGGAUCCACAGCGACUAUUGGUGAAAGUUGAUGCCAAGUGGAUCAACUUGUGGAUUUUUGUGAUGCACGCACCACACAGUGGAUUUCCUGCUCAUCAACGUGAAGAAUGGUGGGAGGCUACCACCUCUCUUCUUUUAGAGCUACAUGUUCCUGCUGAUCACCUUUUUGUUUGCGCUGAUGCGAACGCUGCACCAGGUGUCUCAGAUGGACGGCAUGUUUUUCAAGAAGGGUCAGCAACUACCAGUUCGACGCCCUUUCUUAGACAAUUUUUGGAAACCUUCGAAAUUUGUUUGCCAGCGACAAGUCCGAUCCAUGAAGGUCCCAAAGCAACAUGGAUGCAGCCCAAUGGGAUUUUGGCCCACCAAAUCGAUUUUGUGAUGAUCCCUACUCGACUUGCAGCUGCCUGCACGUUCUCAAGUCUUCUGGAGAACUUUGACCUGGCGAACCAAGUUGAGGAUCACACAGCUACUGCAGUGGAAAUAUGUUGGUCGCACACCUUCUCCAGACCUUGCAGGACCACCACUUUUCCUUGCAAACCGUCAUUUGCCAAGGAGGAGAUCAACAAGAACAACCUGAGUAGUGGGAUGCGUUCACUCUCCACAACGGCAUGGGCAUGUGACGUUGAAACCCACACGGACCACAUGAACAACCAAUUGCAUCACCUUCUUCACCGGGUCUGUGCCGUCAGCAAAGGUACACCCAAGAGACCGUAUGUGUCUGAAGCUGCUUGGACACUGCGACGGCAAAAGCUACACCAUCGGAAAGAAUUGAAAACUGCGAGAGCACUGAUGCGCAGAGAAACCCUCGCACGUGUCUUUGCUGCGUGGAGGGCACCCUCAGACCAACUCCUUGAGUUAUCGUUUGUGUUCGGCUCCUCACUCCGAUGUGGCCUUCUCAAGCAUUACAUUGGAUCCAAACGCUUUGCAGUGGCGUUGCAAAGGGAGCUUGCAGGUGAGAAGACAAGACUGCUCAAGGAAACCUUGGCCACCAUCAGUGAAGGAACAGCAGCAUCUGAAAUUCAACACAAAUUGAAAGGAUUCCUGGGGUCUUCGAACAAGCUGCGGCAGGGAUUGGCUCCGCUACCAGCUCUUCGAGACACCAAACAUUUGCCCUGCAGUUCUUCGGAGGAGAUGCUGUCACGAUGGAUUCAGUUUUUUGCGGACAUGGAGGGGGGAGAACGUGUGCCCUUUUCGAAGCUUCAUGCAGAUUGGGUACAACAGCUCUCUGAGUUCAGCGAGCAAGCCCAGGUUUUGUCCAUUUCUGACAUUCCAAGUUUGAGUGCUCUUGAGGCGUCCUGCCGUAGAGUCAAAGCUGGCAAGGCAGUUGGACCUGAUGCAAUCCCCACUGAACUAUGCAGGUAUUACCCGGUAGAGACUGCCAAGAUGAUGUAUGCCCUCAUGAUGAAGCUGAUCACACACGGUCACGAGCCCCUACUUCAUAAGGGAGGCACUGUCAUCCCUAUUUGGAAGGGAAAACUCGCCAAAGACACGUGCGAGGCAUAUCAUGGGAUGGAACUUUUCAAUGUGGAAGCAAAAGAAGAUGCUCAGGAGUGCCGCUUUCUCGGACCGGUCUGGAUGGAUGACAUGGCACUGUGCCUGUGGAGCGAGACGAACAAUGGACUCAAGCAGAAGAUAGGUGUGGCCAGCAGCCUCUUACUGGAUAUUUUCAGAGAACAUGCUAUGACCCCCAAUCUUCGUCCUGGCAAGACAGAGCUCAUGGUCAGUCCUCGAGGCCCAGGCACGCGAGAAUGGAAAAAGGAGAUGUUCGGACCGCUCUCCACGAAGCACUUCCCAGCGCUUGGAGAACAUGGCCUUUACCAAGUUCAUCUGGUAACCUCCUAUACUCAUUUGGGAGGAGUCCUGCACUAUACUGGUGAAGUCCGUGCAGAAGUCCGGAGGAGAGUGGCGAUUGCUCAUCAAGCAUUUGGCAAACACCGGAAGCUGGUGUAUCAAUGCGAAACGUUUCCAUUGCAUAAACGAGCUGAAAUCUUUCGCAGUUUGAUCAUGAGCCGUCUGCUUUAUGGUGCUGAUUCUUGGGCACUUUGGGAUGCUCAAUCGAAGAUGAAGCUUCACUCUGCCAUUAUGCGGCUUUACCGCCGACUACUUGGCAGAGCCCAUGCUGACCAUAUGCAGGAUGAAGAGAUUCUUUUUCAUGUGGGUCUCUCAUCACCGACUGAUCUCUUGCGACUUUGCAGGCUACGUUACAUUGGCUCACUUUGCGCCGUUGGUGACAUUGCUUGCUGGGGCUUGCUCAACCGAGAUCGUCUCUGGCGUAUUCUCAUUGAGGAUGACAUGAAAUGGGUUUGGCGAAAUCUGGCCAACACAUGUGACCUUGGGGACCCUACCCAACACAUGCAACGUUGGUUUGAGAUUAUCCGCUUUCAUCGUGGAUUUUGGAAGGGCCUCCUCAAACGAGCGGAAAAACAUGCCAUUCUUCAACAAGCUAUGCGCUUUCAAUGCAGCAAUUUUCACCAGAGGAUUCGCAGCUUGCUAGUGGACCAUGACUUCUGGCGUGUGCCUGACAGACUUGCACAUCUUUCAGCAGACGCCCCCUCUUUUGGAUGCAUGUUGUGUCAACAACGUUGCCGAUCUAGAGGUGGUGAAGGGGCACACAUGUGCAGAAAGCAUGGACAAGUUCAACAGAUCAGGCGAUACAUUGCUGGCACACAAUGCAUGGCCUGUUUGAAAGAGUACCACACGGUUGGGCAAGUGCAACAACACCUCAUGCGAAGCGCAGCAUGCCGUACAUAUCUUCUUCAUCAUCGACUUCAUGGCGAAGUUCUUCCAGGCAUUGGGUCCAAGGACAACACAACCAAAGCGCAGGAACAUGAUGGGCGCUUGCCACCACUUCAAGCAAGUGGGCCUGCGAAACCACACAGAGGUGGCUUGGACUUCUCUUUGGCUGACUUUGAGCUACAUGAUGCGCUGGCGCUUCUCAUUGUGGAUGCACAGACAACCUCAGAGAUUGCAGGUUUGGAGGUUCUUCUACGAGCAGAGAUUUCGCGAUGGCCUAUAUCAUGGACAAGAUGUUGUGCCACACUUCAAGAGCUCACGGACACCGUGGUGACGGAACCAUUGGGCUGGGACAUUUUGUCGAAGGAGGCUGUCCUCACCAUUAUCCAGUGUUUGUCACAGACGUCGUCGUGGCCUUUCCUUGUGGAUGCGCAGAUGCCGGACGAGCGCUAUGUGGACACCCUGGAAAACAUGGAACAAGAAUGUCGAGAGGAGGCUCUGAAAUGCCCACAUACAGAAGGACCUACGGUACCACGACCUUGCGGACGCCAUCAGAUUGUUCUCCAUGCUUUCAGUGGCAGACGUCGCCCGGGCGAUUUGCAAUUUUACAUGGAGCAGAUGUACGACCGUGCGGCAGAGGGCAUCCAUUUGACCGUGGUCUCCCUUGACAUCAUCACUGACCCAGUAAUGGGAGAUGUCACGGUUAAGGAGACGCAAGAUUUCUGGUUUCACUACGCAUCAUGUGGCGCAGUGGCGGGAUUUCUUUGCGGACCGCCUUGUGAGACCUGGAGCCGUGCGCGCUUUGUGCAACUACGGAACUCCCAGUGCAAGGGCCCACGGCCGGUCCGGUCUGGAGAUGAGCUUUGGGGGUUGUUUUCCCUCAGCCUGCGUGAGGUGCGACAAGUGGGAGUUGGAAACUUCUUGCUCUGCUUUGCCUUGGAGAUGCUCUUCAGAUUAGCAUUGGUGGAAGCAAGUGGAGCUUUGGAGCACCCUGACAUGCCGCCGGACGAAACCAUGCCAUCAAUUUGGCGCCUUCCUAUCAUGGAGUGGCUCCUGCAGAUGCCUGGUGUGCACACCUUCUCCUUCUGCCAGGGGCUCCUUGGUGCUCCAACGCCUAAGCCUACGCGGCUAUUGGUGCUGAAUAUGCAGGACCUGAUGGGCGAACUUCGCCGACACCACUUGUGCCGAGACCUACCUGCACGUGCAGCCAUUGGCAAGGAAAAGGGGGGGGCUUGGCAAACGACCAAGCUCAAAGAAUAUCCCCCGGCAAUGAGCAGAGCUCUUGCAGCCAGUUUGUUAAGUCCCUUUCAUCUCGCCCUUUUGGAGAUUCGGUGCAGAUGGAUGAGGCAUUUGUACAGAAAUGUACUGCCAUGGACAUCAGAUCCUAUGGCGUAA